AAUUACCUAAUUAAUACUUGCUGCCUGGAGAAAAUGAUGUACACUACCUACGACCCCUGGCAGUGCUCCAGGUCCUUGCCGCUUCGACACGGACAUCCUGGCGCGAGUCCCUGACGCUAAAUCUUCCCUUUCUCUCUCCUUCUUUUCCUCCAUUUUUUCCUCCAUUUUUCCUCCCUUUUUCCCUCCCUUUUUUCCUCCCUUUUUCCUUUCUACCAUCAACCCUCACACGAACUCUUCAUCCGCCGUCGCAACCCCUCCAAAUCGCCAAACAUGUCCCAUCCGAGCGAAGUCCCACCGGCCCAUGGCUUCGCUGACCAGGCCUCCGCCAUUCCUUCUCACCCCUAUUACCCCCUCGGCGUCGACCUGCCCGACUACGUCCCCAACACCCUCGACACUCUCUCCAUCCUCGCCAUCUUCUCAACCACCUUGGCCGCCGUCCUCCUCCCCGUCCUGAUCUUUAUCCGCCGCUAUAAUCCGAAGCUGUCUGCCAGCGAAAUCGCCAUCGCCCUGUGGUUCGUCCUCUGCGGCGUCAUCCACCUGGGUCUCGAAGGCUACUUCGUCCUCAACCACACCUCCAUCACCUCCCAACACGCCACCCUCGCCCAGCUCUGGAAAGAAUACUCCCUCUCCGACUCGCGCUACCUCACCUCCGACCCCUUCAUGGUCUGCAUGGAAGCCAUCACCGCCUGGGCCUGGGGCCCCCUCUCCUUCUUCUGCGCCUUCGCCGUCGUCACCCAGUGCCCGCUCCGCCACCCCGCCCAGGCCCUCGUCAGCACCGGCCAGCUCUACGGCUGCGUCCUCUACUUCGCCAUCGCCCAGUUCGCCGAAGCCACCCAGGGCAUCGCCUACUCCCGCCCCGAGGCGCGCUUCUUCUACGGCUACUACGUCGCCUUCAACGCCCCCUGGAUCAUCAUCCCCACCGCUCUCCUCUUGCAGAGCUUUGGCGCCUGUACUGCUGCCUUCAAGGCUCUGGACGCGCAAAAGGGGUCUCAGAACGCCAAGUAAGGUAGGGAGGGGUUCAAGGGGGUCGACCCAUGGACAUUGUAUAAAAGGGGAUGCGUUCAAGACGGACGAAUCAAGACGUAAUUAAUUAAUAGCGCGCCAAGCGGCGCGAAUAAUAAUAUGUAGACAUAGACUUGAUGCAAAUCCUCCUG